CGUUGUUCGGUGGCAUUCCUGCUAGCAACUUCAUCAUCAUGCUGUCAGCACUUGCCCGUCGCGCGAUUCCUCACGCUACAUCUGCUGUGAGACGCCACAACGUAACCAUUCGAUGCUUCUCAGACAACCUUGACCACUUGAAGAUAUCGGAAGUGCAAGAGAGCCGAGUCCAGGAGCGCUAUGUGCAGAUGCGCAAGGAGCAUUUCGGUCGACGAGAAGAAUUUCCUGCCUCGAGCCAAGGGGAUAUCGACAUUGAUGCAGAUACCGCGAACCGCAAGCGCGUGAUCUACCGCAGCAAGCAGCGUGGAUGGUUGGAAGUGGACUUGCUCAUGGGACGCUGGGCCAGCGAGAACGUGUGGACGUUGACGGCGGACGAAUUGCAGCAAUACGAAGACAUUUUGAACCGCGAAACGAUCGACAUUUUCAACUUUAUUUCAGGCAAAGACGCCAUUCCAGAGGAAGUCAACACCCCCGUGAUGAAGCGCAUUCAGGACUUUUGCUUUUCCAACCCACUGGGCAAAGCAUCCAUCCAAGGGUUCUUGGACAACAAGAAGCACAUGAGCAACUAAACGCGUUUCCAUCUACUACCCUCGUACUACAAUAAUAGCACUAGUAGGCUUUCGUACUAACUACAAACACUUGCACUCGGACUAUCCUAUUGAUAGUAGUACUACAAUAA